GCCUACUUGUCUUUCUUUCGCAUCGCACCGUCCGACACGCGCAGACCUGCUCCGCACCACUCAGCCAGCACACAGCUAGCUGUCCUUUUUCUGUUCAUUUUUCACAAAGUACUUUUACGACCUUUUUCACCACGAUGGCUGAAACCAAAGCGCCGAAAGACCCGUACGGUUUCUUGAAGGAUUUCAUGGCCGGUGGUAUCUCCGCUGCCGUGUCGAAGACCGCCGUUGCUCCGAUUGAGCGCGUCAAGCUUAUCCUGCAAGUGCAGGCCGCUUCCACGCAGAUCGCCGCUGACAAACAAUACAAAGGAAUCGUGGAUUGUUUAGUGAGAAUCCCAAAAGAACAAGGCUUUGCCAGUUUCUGGAGAGGUAAUUUCGCCAAUGUCAUCAGAUACUUCCCAACACAAGCAUUAAACUUUGCUUUCAAGGAUGUCUACAAACAAUUGUUUAUGGACGGUGUGGACAAAAAGACUCAGUUCUGGCGAUACUUUGCUGGUAACUUGGCAUCCGGUGGUGCUGCUGGAGCAACAUCUUUGUGCUUUGUAUACCCACUCGAUUAUGCUCGUACAAGAUUAGGAGCUGAUGUCGGUAAAGGACCAGCUGAAAGGCAAUUUAAAGGUCUUGGUGAUUGUAUAGCUAAAACUGUCAAAUCUGAUGGCCCUAUUGGUUUGUACCGUGGUUUCAUUGUGUCUGUCCAAGGUAUCAUCAUCUACCGUGCUGCAUACUUUGGAUUCUUCGACACUGCUAAGGGAAUGUUGCCAGAUCCCAAAAAUACUCCAUUCUUAGUUUCAUGGGGUAUUGCCCAAUUUGUAACAACAUUCGCUGGUAUUAUGUCCUAUCCAUUCGACACAGUUAGACGUCGUAUGAUGAUGCAAUCUGGACGUGCUGCUGACCAACGCAUGUACAAGAGCACAGUGGACUGCUGGUCUAAACUUUACAAGAACGAAGGAGUUUCUGCUUUCUUCAAGGGUGCAUUCUCCAACGUACUUAGAGGUACUGGUGGUGCCUUGGUGUUGGUCUUCUACGACGAACUCAAAAACCUCAUGUAAAUUUCAUUUUUUUAAUGAAAUUGAACAAUAUUGUGCAGUUUAAAUGUAAUUCAAUGGACACUGUUGUAGCAUAAACAUUCCUAACAAGUGCAACAUUUAUUAUUCAUAACUGGGCUUCUCAUUCCAAUUUUUCAUGUAUUAUUCUGUACCGUAUUUGUUUUAAUUUUAUCAGUUAUGAUCCAAAUUUUUUUAGAAAACCUACUUAUGUAAACAAACUAUUUAGGUCCGUUUAAUGGUUUAUUUUUGAUAUUGUAUUAUUUAUUUCAUAAUUAAUAAUAAACCAUAGUUUAAAAAAAAAUUA